AUGUGCAUCAGAUUUCGUCUCAAAAAGGAGAUUCAACGACUCAACUCCUCCAGCGUUCGAAUCAAUUCCAAUGAGCUGCGGCUGAUGCAAAAGACGAUUUUUGAAGAGUGCGAGCGGGAUGCGCUUUUGCAGCUCAAACAAGGCAGCUUUUAUCGCUUCAGAGACUCGCUGAAGAAAUCGCCAAGAGGAACCUUCAAUACGAAUACGUCGGAGCUGAUCAUUCAACCGAUCGACUCGCACGCUCAUAAAAUGUUUCUAUAA